AUGAUUAGAGCCGUUACAAUCAAAGAUCUUGUUGGCGUGGAUAUCCGAGGAUAUCACUUGAAUCGAUUGAUUGGAACUGGAAGUUAUGGAGCAGUCUAUGAAUCGUCGGCUGGAUCGGAGAGAAUCGCCGUGAAGGCAUCCAUCAGAGCAUCGGAUGUGCUGAAUGAGGCGGCCGCUUUGCAGCGCAUGUAUUACUACGAAUUCAUACCCAAGUACUUCUUCCACGAUUAG